AUGGCUUCUUUUGGCUCUUUCUCUUCUUGCUUCCUUAAACUGUUGUUCUUCUUACUCAUUGCCAUUACUAUUCUUGCUUCUUCUUCUUCUUCUACUUCAUCAUCAUCUUUGCAUCCUUUGGCCGCCAUCUCAUUUUCCGACCACCAUGAUCACACUUGUAUCUCGGAGUUUCGUGUUCUAAACAGAAGGAAGUUGCUGAAUUGCCAUGAUCCAAACCCUCAUCUCGAAAUUAGUGUUAAUCCAAACUCCUCCAUCUCAAAUGAAGAAUUUCUCACGGUUACCGUUAGUGGAGUUUUAAUCCCUUCAAGUAGCCACUGGAUUGCCAUGAUUUCACCUUCUUCUUCAUACGUCACAGAUUGUCCAUUGAGUGAGGCUUAUUAUCUACAGACUGGUGACCUUAGUGGUCUUCCUCUUCUGUGCCAAUAUCCUGUCAAGGCGCAGUACGUGAGCAAUGAUCCAGACUAUCUGAAUUGCACGAAGAGUGAAUGCCAGGAACGUUUGCUCGGCAAAUGCUUGGUGUCUACUUGCAGUGGUUCCUUGACAUUUCACGUGAUUAACAUAAGAACCGACAUCGAGUUUGUGUUCUUCGCAGGUGGAUUCGACACACCUUGCAUUCUGACUAGGUCCAAUCCUUUGGAUUUUACCAAUCCAAAAAUGCCACUCUAUGGACAUCUCUCAAGCAUAGAUUCAUCCGCCACAUCAAUGAGAUUAACGUGGGUUAGUGGGGAUGAGCAACCUCAACAAGUCCAAUAUGUAGAUGGCAUGUCACAAACUUCGGUAGUUAGUACAUUUACACAGGAUAAUAUGUGCAGCAGCUCGGAUCUACCAAGUCCAGCCAAAGACUUCGGGUGGCAUGAUCCUGGAUUCAUUCAUACAGCAGUGAUGACAGGACUUCAUCCUUCAAGCAACUUCUCCUACAGAUAUGGAAGUGAUUCAGUUGGCUGGAGUGAUCAAAUCCAAUUCCGUACCCCACCUGCUGGAGGAUCAGAUGAACUCUACUUUAUUGCAUAUGGUGAUAUGGGAAAGGCUCCUCUUGAUUCUUCAGACGAACACUACAUUCAGCCCGGAUCUCUCGCGGUGAUUAAAGCUGUGACCGAUGAAGUGAACUCUGUAAAUGUGGACUCUGUUUUCCAUAUUGGAGACAUAAGCUACGCAACAGGAUUCUUAGUAGAAUGGGACUUUUUCCUGCAACAAAUCAAACCAGUUGCUUCCCAAGUUUCCUACAUGACUGCAAUUGGAAACCAUGAGAGGGACUAUGUAGACUCGGGAUCAGUAUAUAUAACUCCUGACUCGGGUGGAGAAUGUGGAGUUCCUUAUGAGACUUAUUUUCCAAUGCCAACUCCAGCAAAGGAUAAGCCAUGGUAUUCCAUAGAACAAGCAACUGUUCACUUCACAGUAAUUUCAACCGAGCAUGAUUGGUCAGUUAAUUCUGAGCAGUAUCAAUGGAUGGAAGAGGACAUGACUUCAGUCAAUCGAUCAAAAACUCCAUGGUUGAUUUUUAUGGGGCACAGACCCAUGUAUACUUCUUCAAAUGCAAACACUAGCGUCAAUCCGCUAUUUGUAGAUGCCGUGGAACCAUUACUACUUGAGUACAAGGUCGAUCUGGCUUUCUUUGGUCAUGUUCAUAAUUAUGAAAGAACUUGCUCUGUUUACAAAGGAGAAUGUAAGGCAAUGCCUACUAAAGACGUAAAUGGGGUUGACACCUAUGACAACAGCAAUUACAGUGCCCCAGUGCAGGCAGUUAUUGGCAUGGCUGGCUUCACCUUGGACAGCUUCACAACUGAUGGGAAUAGCUGGAGUCUACGUAGGAUUGCUGAAUUUGGUUAUGUAAGAGUGAAUGCAACAAAGCAAGAGUUAUAUUUGGAGUUUGUGAACGCAAAUACAAGAAACGUUGAGGAUAGCUUCCGCAUAUAUCACUAA